AUGAAGCCGUUAGGUUGGUUGUGUGUGGCUGUGGCCGCCGCUUUCCUGAUGGUCCAGUCUUCGGGCCAGGAGACGGGGCUUGUCCGGGAUAAGUCCCGCCAGAUCCGCACGGUCCCCGCCCCGCCCCAGGGCGAAUGUGUGCACAUUACGGGGGGUGGAACGUCUGGAGUUCACUUCUACGUCUGCUGUAACAACUGUGACGAGAGCGGCGGGAACCCUACAUGUGACAGGACCACGUACCAGGGCGCGAGUGCCGGGCGGUACUGCGGACACUGCGGCGCCGACGAGGGGAACGGCAAGUGGGACCUCCAUCACUUCAAAUGUGGAGGCUGCGCUGGGCAAAGUCAGGUGCAGGAAACGUGCAACAAGGAGUACGCCUGGGUUUUCCCUGGUACAUGUUGGGUCUGGAGCUCAUGCUUCAAAAACCGCUGUAAGAAACGCUUCCAACGGAAGGCCAGGAGCCUUGACACUGAUGCACCCUUCUGUGGUGACAACACCUGUGAUCCAGGUGAGACUGACACCACCUGUCCGUACGACUGCUGCCCGGUGAUCAACUCUGACAUCUGUACGAGGAAUAACGGCACGUGUCCCCCUGUGUGCUGCUCCAAGCCCGGUUGUUGUAAGACCUCCGGAAGCCCCACUGUAAAGGGUGACAGGGUGGUGGUCCUUGAAGCUAUCAGUGUGGUGGCUUUUGCAUUCACUGGCUUCAGCUGGCUUUUCAACUUUUGAAGAACAGAUACCAAGCAUCAGACCUUGCACAGAAAUCAGUAAGGUUGUUUCUUAGUGCAUUAAAGGCAUGAGUGUUGCUCACAGAUUGACUUUUCCACUUUAAAUUUCUACAUAAGGCCAUGUUGAUUUGAUUUUAUGGAUGACAUCCUCCG